AGAAUUUUUUGACCGUAUUUUACUUGUGAAUUAAUCAUUUACUUGAUCUACGUAAUAAUGGAGAGAAAUAAGUAACAAUAAAUUUCAUAUUGUGCACUUAAGAUUCAAACUACCAAUCAACCCAAAAAUCCAUUUCAGCAUCAACACAAAAGCUCCAGUAUUACAGACACACCAAAGUCACCAAUCACACGAGCUUACAUCAUUUCUCUCACCUUUCGUCAGGCCAGGAACAUGAAGAAAUGAAAUGGGCCUUCUCAACGUUCGGCUACCUAGCUAGUGAUGUGCAACUGUGCAAGUGAUUGGUUUCGUAAAACUAACCAAUCGGUCACUAGAAAUCAGUACGUAAUCUCUAAUCAGGAAGAUACUCAACUACGCUUUCCUCCUCGAGGAGAAUAAGUACUUUGAAGAUGCGUUCAAGGUUUAUGAGAGACGCGUCAAGAUGUUCAUAUAUCCUCACGUCAAAGACAUUUGGGUAACUUAUCUUACAAAGUUCGUCAAGAGGUAUGGUAACACAAAGCUGGAGCGGGCUAGAGAGUUGUUUGAACAUGCUAUCUCAAUGGCUCCAUCUGAUGCUGUGAGGACGUUAUAUCUACACUACGCUAAGAUAGAAGAGGACUACGGUCUGGCCAAGCGAGCCAUGAAGGUUUACGAGGAAGCAACCAAGAAGGUUCCAGAGCUCCAGAGGCUGGAGAUGUAUGAGAUAUACAUUUCGAUAUACGAGCAAGCGAUAGAGUCUUCUGGUCUCCCACACAAUGACGUGAAGAUCAUGUGCAUACAGUUCGCAGAGCUGGAGAGAAGCUUGGGAGAGAGAGAUCGACCGUGCUCGUGCAGUCUACAAGUACGCCUCUCAGUACGCUGAUCCAACGGAGUUCGAGGUGCAGCACGGGAACGAGGACACGUACAGAGAGAUGCUACGGAUCAAACGGAGCGUUUCCGCCAGUUACAGCCACACUCAUUUCAUUCUGACGGAGAACAUGAUGCAGAGGGACAAGAUGGUGGACGUGGAGGAGGCGAAAGAUGAGCCGAAGAAGGCGGGUUUGCCGGAUGACGAGAUGGCGGCGCUGGAGAGGCAGCCCAUGGCGGCUCCAGUGUCUACCACGGUUGGUGGGAGAAGAGUUGGGUUUGUGAGCGCGGGGGUCAUCUCACAGUCUGGUGAGAAUGAGGCCAGUGGCUGAAGAUAUUGAGCUUCCGGAAGAGAGUGACGAUGAGUCUGAUGGGGAAGAAAGAGUAGAGAUUGCUCAGAAGGUAGUCCCUGCUGCUGUGUUUGGAGGACUUGCAAGAAAGAGAGAGGAAGAAGAAGCUGAGGAAGGUGGUGAGAAGACUCUGGGUGCGUUAGAGAGGAUAAAGAGAUGGAAACUAGCUCAGUAAUUAAAAAUCAUGUAGACAAAUUACUCUUUGUGUCAUGAGAAAUUUUGUAUUUUUUGUUUUCGUCUCUCACAGUUCCACCCACCGAGUAAACAACAUCUUGAAUCUGUUUAUGCAGCCU